AUGCAAGUUGGUCAUGUAAAUUCUAAUGAAGAUGAAGAUAGUGAUUAUGAAGUUAAUGAUGACAGUGACAGUGAGUCUAAUGAUGAUGACAAUUGUGAUUCAGCAUAUGGUGAUGAUGAUGAGUUCAAUAUGAGAUAUAGUGAUGCAAAUGGUAACCCAGAUGUUGACAGUGAUAUGGAUUUCAACUCUGAUGAGUAUCAUGAAGGGUAUGACAAAGAUUAUGAUAAUGAUACAGAUAUAAGGGUUGAGUUUGCUCUAAACUCUGUGUUUUAUGAUGUGUAUCACUUUAAAGCUGCCCUUCAGACUUGUGCUAUAUAG